AUGAUAGCACCACCUCCAGCACCAAUAGUACUAGACUCCCAAUCCGUCAGUGGAAUAACUGGUUCCAUAUCUAUUGCUUGUUGGAUUAUAGUUUUUGCACCCCAAAUAUAUGAAAAUUUUAAAAGAAAAUCACUGGAAGGUUUAUCAUUAACAUUUAUUGUAUUAUGGUUAGCUGGUGAUGUAUUUAAUGUACUUGGGGCAGUAUUACAAGGGGUUUUACCAACAAUGAUUAUAUUGGCAGUAUAUUAUACCUUGGCUGAUAUUGUGUUAUUAUGGCAAUGUUUAGCUUAUGGUGAUGGGAAAAACCCUGAUUUAAUUCAUUUAUCUCCAGCUAAUCCAUUAAAUGAAGAUGUAUUGGAAACUGCCAUGUCAAAUGAAGAACGUCAUAAUCGUCGCAGAAAUCAAGGUAAUACCACUGAAGACUUGGAAAGUUCAACAACAAGUGUUGAUAGUUCAAUAAGUAAAUCAUCAUCAUCACAAUUUCAAAGUUUUCUUAUAAAUACAUUAAUGGUUACUUUAGUCAUAGCAUCAGGAGUUAUUGGAUGGUAUAUAUCAUACAUUAAAGAAUCCAAACAUCAUUCAAAACAUCCUGGCAAACAUAAUCCGGAAGAAUUGAUAUUUGAUCCAUUAGCACAAAUAUUUGGUUGGUUAUGUGCAUUUUUUUAUUUAGGUUCAAGAAUUCCUCAAAUUGUUUUAAAUUAUGAAAGAAAAUCUUGUGAUGGGAUUUCAUUUAUGUUUUUUUUAUUUGCAUGUUUAGGUAAUUUGACUUAUGUGAUUUCUAUUUUAUCAAUUGAUAUGAGUUGGAAUUAUUUAUGGGUUAAUUCAUCAUGGUUAGCGGGAUCUUUAGGUACUUUGGGUUUAGAUUUCACUAUUUUUAUUCAAUUUUUCCUUUAUAAUGAAAAUAAAGAUGAUGAGUUUAGUGAAUAUGAGUCUUCAAGUGAAACAGAACUGGAAUCAUUAUUGACUAGUAGUGAUAGAUCUUAUGGUACUGCUUAA